CGGGCAUCAGCUAGCUCAAGGCACACGCAGUAGGUGGUCUCUCCGACUCCCCCCCCCCCGGGUUCUCUUCCACCAACGACUUAACCCCUCCUCCUUUCUCUCCGCCGGAUGCGAAAUUCCUGUGCCAUCCCGCUGCCUCCUCCCCCUCACAACCCACCCGACCACCGACCGAGCCGCCUCUUGUUCGUUAUUUUCCUGGCCUCUCUCCCCUCCCCUUCCAGGAAAGGGGAUUGGCCUGGGAAACUCCGCAGAGAUUUGGAUUUUUCGGUUGGUUAUGGAACAUGCGGUGCUUGAUGUUUGAUGGUAUUAUUCGAUGGAGGAGGCAGGCAGAGAUAAGGACGAGGCAGUCCUGGUGCGCGUGGAGGAUUUCAGUGCAGCCAAGGAUGCAGCAAAUGUGACCACGAAGCCUACAAGGAGAUAUCCGCUCGCGUCAUGGAUUGCUAUAUUGGCCUUGGCCACCCUUGUCGGCGUAUACAUAUUCUCGUUAUCUUUGAAGCAAAAUGGGAUGCUUUUUGGACUGAAGCAGACCAGCAUGAUUGAAAAAGAAAGGGAGAAACCUUGUCACCGCCCAAGCAUUCCAGAUACUGAGAUCCCUUAUGUGCACUAUCCUACACCGGAUACUUAUAGUAGGAAAGAAUGUGCAUGCACACCGGUUAGAUUCUUUGCUAUCUUGUCGAUGCAGAGGUCCGGAAGUGGAUGGUUUGAAACUUUGUUGAAUAGCCAUGAGAAUAUUAGCUCCAAUGGAGAGAUUUUCUCUGUCAAAGAAAGGCGUAGUAAUAUCACAUCGAUCACGAAAACACUGGAUAAAUUGUACAAUCUGGACUGGUUAAGUAGUGCUGCAAAAAAUGAAUGCACAGCCGCCGUAGGGCUGAAAUGGAUGCUCAAUCAGGGUCUAAUGAAACAUCAUCAAGAGGUAGUAGAAUACUUCAAUCGAAGGGGUGUUUCUGCAAUUUUCCUUUUAAGAAGAAAUCUUCUGCAGCGUUAUGUAUCUAUAUUGGCAAAUGAUCAUGAUAGAAGCACCAAGCAACUAAAUGGAACACACAAAGCUCAUGUGCAUCACAGAGGCCAGGCUGAUGUUCUUGCUCAGUAUAAGCCAACAAUCAGCACAAAAUCAUUGAUUGCUGAACUAAAGAGGUCUGAUAAGUUGGCAGCUGAUGCUUUGGUGAAUUUCAAGACUAUUCGGAAUAUUGUUCUGUACUAUGAGGAUGUUGUCAGCAAUCGCACUCUCACGGAUGUGCUGGAUUUUCUGAAAUUGCCAAAUAUAAAGCUUUCCAGUCGGCAUGUGAAAAUCCAUACUAAACGAUUGCGUGAUCAUAUUGAUAAUUGGAUUGAUGUUUAUAAUACUUUGAAUGGGACUCAGUAUGAGAGCUUCCUGAAUGGCCGGAGGUGACCAAACUAGCUAGCUGGUGUAAAUAAUGUUGUAGUGAGUUUUCCUUCUUCUGGGCCAUUUUUUCUCACGCUAUGGUUAGCACUUAGCAGAGAAGGUCAAAGUUGUCAAUUUUGGCCGUUUUGUGCUAAUCCAAAGGGCUAAGUUAUUUUUCGCAUACGCCCUAGCAUUUAUAUUAUUUAGUGGAUCAAUUAAUGGCUACCAUACAAAGGUAUGAUCAUCUUUACGUUUCCAGUCCCCUCCCCUUAGUUCAGUGUACACAAAUGGAUGAUGAUUACAUCUUGUUUUUGUAUCACUUUAA